GUAGUAUUAGUUGUAGUAGUAGUAGGGUAGCCCUGUUGUUGUUGUCGUAGAGUAGCCCUGUUGUGUUGUAGGGUAGCCUCCUCCCCCGUUCGUCUCCUCCGGCUCUGGCGCUCUGGCGCUCUGGCGCUCAAGCUCAUUCUCUACUACUUUGUUAGGGUGUUUCUGGCCCAGACCCUGAGCCUUUGCACACUCGACACCAUCCCAGCUCAUCCUUCGCUUCUCUUCCUCGUGAGACCGACGUCUACUCGGGAAGGAAGUAAAAGAGGCGUCUUUGCUGUUGGGUUGUGUUUGAAUGUGAGAUGGGGUGGAUGUAGUUUUAUAGCACAGAGUUCGGUCGUGGUGGGGAUGGAAGUCGGUUUAGUGGCUAGACGACGACGACGACGCGCCAGAAGGCAAGGUUGUGUGUUGCCUCGUUCGAGUUGGGCGACGAGGUUUUGAGAAGGGUGGUGGCGGUGGUGGUGGUGAGCAGAUUCAGAGGCUCGAGGGUUGGGUUUGGAGAAUGCCACACUGAGGUGGCUGUUGGAGGUGUUUGGAGGGUUUGAGGAAUGGGUGUGAGUGCGAUGUAGUGAUGGUUGUUUGUUUUGGGGAGACGAGAUUUGACGGUAGCUGGUGUGCAUGGGAAGUUGGAGUUGCUUUUAGCUAGUGAUUUUGAAGGUGCUUGCAGAAUGGCGGUGGAGUCGGGUACAUUCUUGAUGAUUUGGUGUAGAGAGUCCAGGAUAGGUUAAGUUUUUUGUGCUCCGUUUGCGUGGUGGCCGAGUGUGGCUUGGCUUAGGGUUUGGUGAGCUCCGUCUUCGGCCAUUAGAGCUGUAGUGUGGUAUCUUUUACUCCGGAAGUUGUAGUUGAAGGAGGUCGGCUGUUGGUUAUCUCACCGAACAAAGAGAAUUUUCUUUGGGGUAGAACACUAUGGAGGGCCUCGGAGAAGACUACGAGGCGUUUGUGGAGCGCCUUCAGUCAGCUGCUGGUACUGCAGCGAAGGGCUCUGGGAAUAGUUCCUCAAGCAAUGCUGCUUCUCAUCCUCCACAUCCCACACAAUCUCCCCUUCACCAGUCUCGAUAUGUUGGUUAUCCGUCCACUUCGCACCCCUUCACUGUCAAGAGGGAGACGUCUCCUGCUCUGUCCGAGAGUUCAAUGAGGUCGAGAGAGUCACUAGAGGUAUCUAUGCAAGAUGCAGUGAAUUCACCAGCCCCGCCUGGUUUCACAGGCUCCGGACAACCCCCACGGAUUCCCAGCCCUGCUCACAAUUACAGCACAGAUGUGAAUCGGAUGCCAGAAUCACCUCCACGACGAAGAGGCCAUCGUCGUGCACAGUCCGAGAUCGCUUUCCGCUUGCCAGAUGAGGCUUCUUUUGAGCGCGAAUUGCAUAGCUCUGAAAUGCCAGCUCUUUCGGAUGAGGUUGGGGAGGAUCUCUUCUCCAUGUAUAUUGACAUGGACCAGAUCAACAACUUUAGUAACUCGUCCGGUCAGGCGGGUGCGAAGUCUGCUGGUGAGGGAAACAAUGCGCUUCCCCCAACUUCUUCCCAUCAUUCUAGAAGUUUGUCAAUGGAAGCUCUCGGUGGUUUUAACAACAGUAGAGCUGGAUUGGGUGGCAACUAUGGAUCUUCUGAAGCCCCCCGGCGCCCGCGACAUCAGCAUAGUAGUUCAUUGGAUGGUUCUACCUCUCUCGAUUUCGAGGGUUCAGACAGUAAAAAGGCUAUGGCUUCUGCAAAGUUAUCAGAGAUAGCUCUAAUUGAUCCCAAGCGUGCGAAAAGGAUAUUGGCCAAUCGGCAAUCAGCGGCCCGUUCCAAAGAGCGAAAGAUGCGUUACAUCUCAGAGCUGGAACGUAAAGUGCAGUCCUUGCAGACGGAAGCCACGACUCUCUCUGCUCAACUUACACUGCUGCAGAAAGAUACAACCAGUCUGACUACGGAAAACAGCGAGCUGAAAUUGCGGUUGCAGGCUAUGGAGCAGCAGGCUCAGUUACGGGAUGCUUUGCACGAAGCACUAAGAGAUGAAGUUCAGCGUUUGAGGGUUGCAACUGGGCAGCUCAGCAAUGGUUCUGGCCAGAAUUCGAGUCUUGGUGGGCAGCAUGUCUUCCAGAUGCAGAACCAGUCUCUAAAUGUGCAACAGAUUCAGCAACUCCAACAGACGGCUCUAAAUAAUCAGCAGCAACAGCAGCAGUCCUCCCAGCAGCAGAUGCAUUCUGAAUACCUGCAACGCAGUGGAUACAGUCUUUCAUCUGGUUUUAUGAAGCCUGAAGGCUCAAGCAUUGCAAUCAAUCAUGGGAAUAGUUCCUCGUUUGGUUGAUUCUUGCUGAGUAUGAUUUUUGCUUGUCUGCCCCUGGUCAACUUGUUGAAAGUUCUAGGAAAGGGUUGCAGUUUCCCCCUUUUCAUCGGUGGUUUUGGACCGCCAUUUCAUCCAUCAUUUGGUUUCACCGAAUAGUCGUUCUGGAUAGGACCUUGACAUUAUGCUUUAGCUUGCUAUAAUGGGUGUUAUAGAGGACAACAGCUACUACUUGACACAACCAGCAUGUCUAAGUUUUGGGUUUGGCUUCUUGAUGUUUUCAUGAAUUGAAUUGGGGUUUAGAUAAUUUAUUCUUUGCUGGCUGUCACAGUCUUCCAUCCCAAGGACUGAAGACCAUCUCAGCGCGUCUCAGCGGAGCCAAGCUUUUCUAGAAAAGCUUGAGCUACGAUGAGGCAAUCAAACACAGGCUGGAGUUCUCUGGGACGUUGGUGCCUGGUUUUUUCUGAGACUUACAUAGAUGGGGUUGCUGUGGCUGGAAUUAUCUUGCUGUGAGGAAACCGGGAUCAAAUAGUGCAGUCCUGACAUACAUAGAAAGUUUCUACUCAAUUUUUUCAGGCCAUAUAGAGUUCCUCACUUCUUCGUGAAGUCUAGAGGGUCUUCACUAUUAGAAUAUGGUUAGGUUUAGUCUCUAAUAUUUACUCACAGUUUUGCACACAGGUUUGCAAAAUGUACCUCGCCACUACUACCAGUUCUAGGGACUACACCAGAGGACGGUUGCAGUUCCCACUUCAAUGUUUAUCAGGUGGCAAAAUUUUUUUAUCUAUGAAUUUUGUGCAGAUUUUUUUUCUUGUAAA